AUGCCUGUCCCAACUGUCGUCCAGCAUGACAAAAACAUCUGGGUCGCUGCUGGCGACGGCGAUAUAGAGCGCGUAAGGAUGUUGAGGACUUUCACAGCGACGUCUCCCAAUGUUCCCGAUCAAAAUACCUACACUCCCAUGCAUGCUGCUGCUUCAUACGGACAUCUUGAUGUCUUGGAAUACUUGAUCGCCCACGGUGGUGACGUGAACGUCACCGACGAGGAUGGCGAUACGCCUCUGUAUGCCGUUGAAAGUGUUGAAACGGCACGCUUUCUUGUCGAACGCGGUGCCACAGCGAAUCACCAGAAUGCGGAAGGCGUGUCGCCUGCGCAGUACCUCGAGGAAGAAGAGUUCCCUGCGGUGGCCGCAUAUCUGAGAAGCGUUGAGAACACAGCCGCUGGGGGCGGUACUGCGCCGCCUCCAGCGGAGAUACACGAGCAGCCUUCGCAACACGCACAAAACGCGGCUUCGGAGAACCUUACAUCGUCCCUGUUACAUUCCGUACGGUCCGUCAUGGAGCGCGCAGAAGCGGAGGGUAGAGAAGUCCCAGAGGACGAGCUGCGUCAGAUCGUCGGCCGCGCGGUUAUCGAGGGCGUCAUGACUGGGUAUGGGAUGCGUGCGGAUGCUGCGGGUUCGCAGGACGGGUCUGAGCAGAGCGGCGGGGAUGGCGUGAAGAGGCCACGCACUGAAGGCGGGUGA